AUAAGAAAGCAUGGCAUGACAUUUCGAUUGGUAUGUCAUUUGUCGCCGACGAAAUCUUCACAUGCAAUCGAAUUUAUCAUUGAUGCAACAGAAUGGACAAUUGAAAAUUCUGAUUUUCAUACGAGUUCCGCGAUAAUUUAAGCCUCUACGAAACACAUACCCGAACCGAUCGAAUCGUAACCAAAUCAAAAUCAACAAUGUCUCGAGUCCUGAAUAUUGUCCCAAUAGUGUAUCGAACACAGCGUAGUUUGUUAAUGAUAAAUCCAAAACUGCAAUGCGUUUCGGCUCUAAACUAUUCAGCCCGACCAAGUUUUAUAUCACGAAUAGUUACCAACCUGAAAAAUGAGUUUGAAAAGAACAAAGAGAUGAAAGAAAACAUAAAAAAGUUCCGUGAAGAAGCUCAAAAACUUGAGCAAUCGGACGCAUUAAAGUCAGCACGUAAGAAGUUCAACAUGGUGGAAUCGGAAGCCUCAAAAGGUAGUGAAGUUUUCAAGGAUCAAAUAGAAUCGUUGAAAGGAAAGAUGUCAAGUGCUAUUGAUGAGGCUGCCAAAUCGGAUCUGGGCAAAAAGGCUGGACAAUGGGGUGAAGAAUUAUCGAAGUCAGCGAAAGGUGUCGGUGACACCAUCAGUGAAACAGGCAAAAAGAUAGGCCAAACAAACGCCUUCCAGAGUAUAUCAGAGGCAUCGGAAAUUGUGAAAAAAGAAAUUGACACGCAAAGCAUACAAGGGAGAGUCUACAAAAGUCCGGCCAAACUACGGAAACGUAAAGAAGUGGAUGUUACAAGUGACAGUCGGAUAUUCGAAGCAAAUACUGAAGAUACUGGAAUUGAAUUGCACAAAGACUCCAAAUUUUAUCAAUCGUGGGAGAAUUUCAAAAAUAAUAAUCAGUAUGUGAACAAAGUUCUGGACUGGAAAAUGAAAUAUGAAGAGUCGGAGAAUCCAAUGAUUCGCGCUUCACGUCUUCUCACCGACAAAGUAUCGGAUAUUAUGGGUGGUUUAUUUUCAAAAACCGAACUGUCGGAAACACUUACGGAAAUUUGUAAAAUCGAUCCGAAUUUUGACGAGAAACAAUUUAUACGAGACUGCGAAAACGACAUUAUACCAAACAUAUUGGAAGCGAUGAUUCGCGGUGAUCUGGGAAUAUUGAAAGAUUGGUGCUUUGAAAGUACAUACAAUAUCAUUGCCACGCCUAUUGCCCAAGCACAAAAAGCUGGAUACUAUUUAGAUUCAAAGAUUUUGGACGUAGAAAAUGUAGAUUUGGUCAUGGGAAAAGUGAUGGAACAAGGACCAGUUCUCAUCGUCACGUUUCAAACUCAACAAAUUAUGUGCGUUCGAAAUGCCAAACACGAGGUAGUCGAAGGUGAUCCAGAAAAAGUGAUGCGAGUCAACUAUGUUUGGGUAUUAUGCCGAGAUCCAGAAGAUCUGAAUCCAAAAUCGGCAUGGCGCCUAUUGGAGUUAAGUGCUAAUAGUAAUGAGCAAUUCGUAUAGGCUUUAUUAUUCCCACAUGUAAAUAAUACAAAAUAAAUUUGUUGAAACAUAA